AUGGAAGAUAAUGAUGGUUUCAUGAAAAAGAUGGGAACUAAUAUGAACAUGAAGUUUGAGAAGUAUUGGUCAGAGUACAGUUUAAUUCUUGCAAUUGCAAUUAUUUUGGAUCCUCGUUAUAAGUUGCAUUUUGUGGAGUGGCUUAUACCAAGCUUCAUGGAUUUUGAUAAUAGUUACAAAAAUGGUCCAAGUACAAGUAGGAAAAAUGAGUUGCACAAGUAUUUGGAUGAGGAAAGACUAGAUAGAAAGCAAGACAUAGAUGUUCUUUCUUGGUGGCAAAUGGAGCAUUUUCAUUAUCCGAUACUUUCAAAUCUAGCUCGUGAUGUAUUAACAAUUCAUAUGUCUACGGUUGCAUCAGAAUCCGCUUUUAGUGUUGGUGGUAGAGUACUUGAUCAAUACUGUAGUUCAUUAUUGCUUGAAAUUGUUCAAGCUUUGUUGUGUACUCGAGAUUGGCUUUUUGGCAAGGGAGCUAUGGAGGAAGAGAAUGCUACUGUAGAAAGCCUUACUGAAGAUAUCUUCAAACUUACUUGUCAAGAUACUAGAUCCGGACAAAGCUCCAAUAGUAUUUCUCUUGAAGAUUGA